CGUAACUGGGCAGGGUUGUUGUUAACUGGGAGCCAAUGUGUUUGUUCGAUUAAAAUCACCUUGGUAAAGAUACACGGGCACGUGUACCAAUGCGUGUAGACGGAGUGAUAUGGAGAAGCGAAAUGUGUGCCAUACAAUAGAACUAAAACAAGCAGGAGAGUGAAGUCUUGUAGCUUUAGCUACAAGUCCAUAACUAGUUAGCGACCUACCUUUUGAAUUAACACACUUUUUGACUACUUUACACCUUCGAAAGGACUAUUCAAGAACGGUAUCGACACAAGAUAAAGGUGGCCUGUAGCACCAAGAGCAACAAGCAACACUGCACAGAGAAGGCGAGCACAUCAACAGUUUUGAAACCUAAACCCCUUUUAAAGGAGGUUUUUUUUUGUGUUUUCAGGAGAAACAAUGCUUUCUCUCCUUAGUGUUUAAUCAACCAAUCAACCAGCCAUGAGUCACAACUGCAGUCACACUAGUCCCACCUAAUCAACUGGAAAAUAGACUUUUCAAUAAUUAACACUUGGUGAGAGCGCUUUAUCUCAACUAAACCUAACCAGCCUCGUCCUAACCUAUUAUGAGUUAUGACAAAUCAAACUCCGCCCCUGGCAAUGACACUCAAGAACGAGUGGGAAGUGCCAAUGAAGAAGAAGAAGAAAAGGGGGUGGGAACAGGAGUGAGCUUCCCGGGCAGCAACAACAGUGGCAGCCAAUUGGAAACAUCGGACUUAGCCAAUCGGGAGCGAGGAUCCUCUCCAUGUGGAUCCGGCGCCGGCGGCUCGUCCGGGGGGGACCAAAGGGGUCCCACCUCAGACGACGGGGACGCUCUAUCCAGUGUGAACGACUCCGGGGAGAGGGAGUCGAGCGAAGGAGGGAGGCAGAGUGGCAGUGGGUUCAGGGGACGUCAAUCCAGGAGUUCCCACUGUUCCUCCAGCCAGAAGGACUCAGGCAUGAUGCUGGAGAACACGGAGAGCAAUAAGAGCUCUAACUCCCAGUCCCAGAGCCCUUCUCCACCCAGCAGUUCCCUGGCCUACAGCCUGCUGUCAGCCAGCUCAGAGCAGGACCCUCCCUCCACCUCUGGCUGCAGCAGCAAUGAGCAGCACCAGACGGCCCGCAUCCAGACCCAAAAGGAGAUGCUGAAAGCCCUCAAGGAGCUUAAGAUCCGCCUGCCUGCAGAGCGCAAGGGCAAAGGUUGCUCCAGCACCCUAGACGCCCUCAAGUACGCCCUGAACUGUGUGAAGCAGGUUCGGGCCAACCAGGAGUACUACCACCAGUGGGGCGUGGAGGAGUGCCACGGCUGCAGCCUGGAUCUGUCCUCAUACACAAUUGAGGAACUGGACAACAUCACCUCUGAAUACACCCUCAAAAACACAGACACCUUCUCCAUGGCGGUGUCCUUCGUGACGGGCAAGGUGGUGUACAUCUCCCCCCAGGGCUCGUCCAUGCUGCGCUGCAAGCCCGAGCGGCUCCUGGGGGCCAUCUUCUCUGAGCUGCUGGCUCCCCAGGAUGUCAGCACCUUCUACAGCAGUACGGCGCCCUCACGCCUGCCCCCCUGGGCCACCUGCAUGGGCUCUGUCUCCCCACCGACAGACUGCACCCAGGAGAAGUCCAUUUUCUGUCGCAUCAGCGCCGACCGGGCGCAGGGAGACGAGAUGAAAUACCAGCCCUUCCGCAUGACCCCCUACCAGCUAACCCUGAGGGAUUUUGACACCUCAGCUCCCCAGCCCUGCUGCCUGCUCCUCACCGAGCGGGUACACUCUGGAUACGAAGCUCCCCGUAUCCCUGCCGACAAGAGGAUCUUCACCACCAGUCACACCCCCAGCUGUCUAUUCCAGGAAGUGGAUGAAAGGGCCGUGCCAUUGUUGGGCUACCUGCCCCAGGACCUGGUGGGAACCCCCGUGCUUCUCUACCUCCACCCUGAGGACAGACCUAUCAUGGUGGCCAUACACAAGAAGAUCCUCCAAUUUGCAGGGCAGCCCUUCAACAGCUCUCCCCUGAGGAUGUGUUCCCGCAGCGGGGAGUACUUGACCAUCGACACCAGUUGGUCCUCCUUCGUCAACCCCUGGAGCAGGAAGGUGGCCUUCAUCGUAGGGCGCCACAAAGUCCGAACCAGCCCCCUGAACGAGGACGUGUUCACCCCUCUGCGGAGCUGCGAGGGCCGGCCCAUGGCCCCGGAGAUCGUGCAGCUGAGCGAGCAGAUCCACCGUCUCCUGGUGCAGCCGGUGCACAGCGGUGGGUCGCAGGGCUACAGCAGCCUGGGCUCAAAUGGAUCCCGCUCCCACGAGCAGCAGCACCUCAGCGCCGCAUCCUCAGUCUCCGACAGCAAGUCCACCAACGCCAUGGAGGCCAUGGAAGCAGCCGUGAUUGCCCUGCACAAACCGAUGACGUUCCAGCAGAUCUGUAAGGACGUGCACAUGGUCAAGACCAGUGGGCAGCAGGUCUUCGUCGACUCCUGCAACCGCACCCCACCCUGGCGACACGCCGUCACCACGCUCCGAGCCAUCAAAGGAGUGGACCCCAUCAAGAGUCCUGUCCCCAAGGUGGUGUGCCCACCCAAAACCCCAGUGCCCAACAACCAGCAGCUGUUAAAGAAGGAGCCCCCCAGUGACUACAGCUACCAACAGAUCAACUGUCUUGACAGCAUCAUAAGGUACUUGGACGGCUGCAAUGUUCCCAACACUGUGAAGAGGAAGUUUGGCUCGUCCUCUGGCACGUCAACAUCUGACAAUGACAAACUGCAGCACGAAACUUUUGGCAAUGCAAAAGGUGAUCUAGCUAUUGCAGUCACCCUGGUGGGGGACUCGGCGGGGGUGGCGCCCCUGCCCCCCCUGGCCUUGCACAGCCACAAGGCCGAGAGCGUAGCUUCAGUCACCUCGCAAUGCAGCUUCAGCAGUACCAUCGUCCACGUGGGAGACAAGAAGCCCCCAGAGUCAGAUAUUGUAAUGGAAGACGCUCCUCCCAUUCCUACACUAGCCACUCCGACCCCCAUCGCCGUCAUCGACCCUCCUCCUCCCCCGCCCAGAAUGACCUCACCACCCAGCCGAAGAGGUGGCCUGACCAAGGGCCUGACCAAGGAGGUGCUCUCUGCCCACACGCAGCAGGAGGAGCAGGCCUUCCUCUGUCGCUUCAGUGACCUGAGCCAGCUAAGGGUGUUCGACCCAGCCUCAGCCCUCCGAUGCCCGCUCCCCACUAACGACCCCCUCGCCACAGGAGCACGUUGUUCUCGUGACUACCCUGCAGCGGGAGGUAGUCGUAGACGCGGCCGCGGAGCCAAGAGACUGAAGCAGCAAGAGUCCUCAGAACAGAGAGACCCUCUGGCUAUGGGCAUGACCGUAACUCUCAGGGGCCCCAACGUCAGCCCUAUAAACUCACCCCCCAUCUCUACCUACCCCCUGCCCCUGGGGCCCACCACCACCACCUCCUCCUCCUGGCCAGCCUCUGUGGGAUCCCAGGCCAGCCUGGCCUCCAUUCCCUACCCCCCAGGGAUGCUUCCCAUCUACCCUACUCUCUCCCAGCCCAUGGGCAUCCCCUCCAUGCAGAACCAGAUGGUACCUCCCAUGAUGGCCCUGGUGCUGCCCAACUACAUGUUCCCCCAGCUUAACCCCAACAUGACCCAGAUGGCCACAGCCAUGGGCACACCUAUGGACACAGCGAGGAACAUGAUGGGAAGCCCCAUGUCCCAGCCAGGAGCCACCAUGGUUACCCCCAGCCCACAGCACUUCUUCAACCCCAACGCAGGUUUCCCCUUCCCCGGUACCAACGGGAUGCCAUGCCCCAUGCCAACUAUGCCCUCGCUCAUGCAAACCGCCAUGCCCAUCCAGGCCCAACGGCCAGCCUCUGGCUCCAGCACCCCCCAGUCGUGUAGUCAAGUACCGGCUGAACGUGAGGGCCCAGAGUCGCCCCUAUUCCACUCUCGCUGCUCCUCCCCCCUCAACCUGCUGCAGCUGGUGGAGGAGUUGCCCAGCAACCGGCUGGAGGUCGCCACGGCGCUGGCUGCUGCUGCGCAACAGGCCACGCCACCCGCACAAGCGAGUCAUGAGAGAUCGGCAGAUAACUCCAACGAGAAUGCCAAUGAUUCCAACCAGGAUGUAGAGUCCACCUCCAGUGACCUACUGGACCUGCUCCUGCAGGAGGACUCUCGCUCAGGCACCGGCUCAGCCGCUUCUGGCUCCGGGUUCUCUGGAUCAGGGUCUUCAGGAUCUGGGUCCUCGGGCUCCAACGGCUGCAGCUCCUCAGGGAGUGGAACUAGUCGCAGUCAGAGCAGCCAUACCAGCAAGUACUUUGGCAGCAUUGACUCGUCAGAGAACGACCACUCCGGCAAGCAGCCAGCAGGUGGCAGUGCAGCAGGGGAAGACGGAGAGGAACAGUUCAUCAAGUGUGUCCUGCAGGACCCCAUCUGGCUCCUCAUGGCCAACACGGAUGACAAGGUGAUGAUGACCUACCAGCUACCCACCAAGGACAGGGAGACUGUGCUGCGGGAGGACCGCGAGGCCCUGCGGGCCAUGCACAAACACCAGCCCCGCUUCACUGAGGAACAGAAGAGAGACCUGAGCCAGGUCCACCCCUGGAUACGCACCGGUCGCCUGCCCCGCGCCUUAAACAUCUCAGCAUGUAUGGAGUGCAAGUCUCCCCCCACUAUCGUACCCGCUGCUCCGUUUGACGUGGAGAUCCACGAGAUGGAGCUGUGCAGCGUGCUGGAGACUACAGAAAAGGCCUCCACUGCUACUCAGGAGAAAGCUCCCUUACCCAUAACCGCCAUGGACCAGGGAGGUCAGGAGCAUGUGGCGCACGCCAAAACACAAGGCAACGACCAGGAAAUGACAACAGAGGAGCAGGAAGUGACCUCGCUGACGGAGGAGGAGAAGGCGAGCGCCGCUGCAGAAACUGACAUGACCCACUGAAGGGUUGAGAUGGAUCAAGAAUACUAAGUCAUUGUGACUUUUCCUUCCACCUGACAGACACUAUUUUAAGAGAUGCACAUUCCAGGCCCAAAUGUCGAAUACUAACCUGAGAGACUCAAGACAUUUGUGGGUAAUCGAAGUGCAUUCUUUUCAUAUUAGCUGGGACUAUUGCCAUGUCAGUGUCCCUAUUGGCUGGCGGUCAGAUCAAUCGGGAUUCUGGGUCCAAUCAGUCACUUCGCUUUGUGUAUUCCUUCACCAGUAUGAAAAAGUUGUUGUGACCGAGGCAGUCGUCAUGGAAGAAAAGCCUUGAAAGCAUAGGGUACACGGCACACUCAGUCUGAAUGAGUGUGGGAUUGUAUUGUACACCUCUAUAUAUUUUUUAUUGUGUAUUUAUUGAACAUUUUAUAUAAUGAGGAACACAAGUUGAAGAUGGAGAGGUGUGGAGGGACAUGUGAAUGUGUUACAAAAUAGCCACUUUAUUUAAGAUAGAAUGGUUUCUCCUGUACAGUUCAUUCCUGUUGGGCAAAUUCAUUUCGCGGGGGGGGGUUAGCUGCUAGGAGACCCCCUGGGUAUUUUUCUCUGUUGGAAUGUUUUCCCUGAUAACCUGGGAUUGCUGUACAUUUGUUGUUUUCUGCAUUGUUUUCUAAUACUUUUUUUUCACAAAAAAACAAAUGCCUGUUAAGAGUCGGUCAUUAAGACCAUAUUUACACGAGCGGGUUUACAUUAUUUUGUUAGCAGUAUGUAUAUAUUUUAUAUCACAAAAUUAUGUCCGAAAGGAAAUUGAAAUUGUUUGUGUUUGGUCAAAAACAAACAUUUUGAAAAUCUAAGUACCCUCUGAUCUCAUGGGAGUAGACAUGGGUGUUUCUGUGGUAACACAAUCCAAUGCACUGUCACUCUGGACAACGGAGUGAUGGUUGAACUUCUGGGACAGCAAGUGGCAAUCGUCAGGGGUGACCGCUGUCGCCGUUCCUGAUUGGCUGGGCAUUAUGGUCACCCUGCAGCGAAACGGUCCAUGAAACUUUGCUGCAGACAACUUAUUUCGGAAAACAGGUCAGGAUGCUGAACAAUGUCAACUUCCAGCCUCCAUAGCAACAAAGAUAACAUACUUUUGAUUUGAGGCAUCCAUCACAAGGCCCUGAAUACUGAAAGCCAGAUUGUCUGGUUAUGGAUGGUACGGGCCGAUGGCAAUGCUCUGAUUUGGUUAAAAGGAGUUUGGGCAACAUUGGAGACAUUUCAGAACAUUAAGUGCAGAGUUUUUAGAGAAUCUCUUUGUCUCUCUCCCUCCCUCUUCUGUUUGGAACUGUCCUAGUAAUGUGAUAUUCAGCUUCAUUGUGUCUGUGGUCUACAACCGUUUCCAAAUUAUUUUUGUGAAUUUGUAUAAAAAAUUAUAAAUAUAAUGAAAUGAUA